GUGUGGAUGCGGCGGUGACGACUGUGGAGGCUACGACGACAAUUGUGGAUGCUACGACGACGACCGAGGACCCGACAACAGUGGUUGAAGUUACCUUGACGCUCACCGUGGACGAUCCAGCGGACAUCAUCGACAAUGCCACCUUGACUGAUGCGAUGAUCAAGGGAUUUGCAGAUGUGAUGGGCAUAGAUGUCAACUUGGUGACGCUGAGAUUCGAGGUGGCUCGACGCCUCCAAGCAAGGAAACUUCAAGUUCAGCUCAUGGCGGUAUUUGAAGUGACUUUGCCAAGCGCCGUCGCGGCACAGGAGACUCGGGAGGCGGUCGAGGCCAUCUCGUUGGAAGAGACCAACAGCGCUAUCACCAACGCUGUGGUUGCUCAAGGCUUCCAGGGCAGCAUCGAGGUGACGGGAAAGGAGGCAACAACAGUCGAGCAGAAUGGAGCAGACCCCUUAAUGAGCGGCGGAGCAGCAAUAUCUUUCCUUACGUACUUGCCUCUGUCAUUGCUUAUCCUCGCUCACUGGUGCUGA